AUGUUCAAACAAAUCACUUUUGCUCUUUUAUCUGUCUCCACUUUAGUUACUGCUGCUUCCUCUGAAGUGCCAAUGAUCACCGAUACUGUCACCGCAACUGCCUCUGUUGCACCAGUCUCUUCCGCUAUACCAUCUACUUUAGCCACUGUCUCUACUGCUCCAAUAACCUCUUCAGUAGUCAUCGCUUCCGUUACUACUGCCUCUUCUCCGUUACCUGCUUCUUCUGCUAUAAUCCCAUCUUCAUCUAUCCCUAUCUCUACAUCAAACGAAGAUGAUGAUGUUACAUAUAUCGAUGUCACUACCACUCCAGUGGUCACUAAAUCUGUAGUAUCCACUGUCAAAUCUACUUCUACUCCUUACACAACUACAACUUUAGCUACUUCCAAUAGAAACAGUACUUUAACUCAAUCCAAAUCAAAGCUAAUCCAAAUCUCUUCCUCUUUAAAACCAAACUCUACCACUACUCAAGUCGUUUCUUUUACCGAUAAUGCUAAUUUGAAAAAUGUUGGAACUGGUGCUGCUAUGGCUGCUAUUGUUGCUAUGUUAUUAUAA